AUCGAAGAACGAGCUCGAUUCGGCGGUGGCCAGCGAAGGUGGACCUGCAGCAGUCGAGGCGGUGGUGCCGGUGGUGGCGGACGCACUGAGCCGGCUACAGCUGGCGGUCGAGCCCUGCGAGAAUGCCCGACCACGGCCAGCACCACGUACCGCCGCACCACUGGCAGCCGAAGAGGAUGACGAUGACGACGAUCACGAUCACGACGCGAAAGAACAUGAAGAACGUGGGGCCGAUGAGGAAGGGAAGGAUGGUGAGGAAGGGAACCACGAAGAAGGAGAGCAAAUGCUGUCCGAUGAUCGCACUCUCAGUAGCAACAACGAGACGACCAUCCUCGAGAAGAUCAUCGCAUCAUCGCCAAGGGCAACGGCAGGCGGUCCGGGCGUCCCCAGCAGUCCCGCGUUGCCACCGGUCAGCCAAGGGACACCGAAGAGUAGCCGGGCAACGCACAUCUCGAACUUUUUGAAGCGUACGGCACCACCGGUCAUGCCACCGCCCCCACCACCCCUAACAGCAACAACACCAACAAAUGGUCGUGAGUUGGCGGAAGUGUACGCCAGUCGGACCUCGAUCGAGACGCAGUACACGGCCACGACGACUUCGCAGAUGAGUCUCCCGAUUGGGCCACCGAAUGCGACCAGCACUCCGUUUGCUAGCGAGAUGUCCCUUGGGUUACCGCCACCCCGGCAACCGAUCACACGGCGUGCCAUCUUCGAUGCGGCCGGUGGUAACCUGUGCGAUCCGAUCUGGAACGUUUCGCUUCACAUACCGCCCGGUGCGAUCGCGCCCGGUGUCCAGCAGGAGAUCUACUUCACCGUUACCGAUCCGCGGCUUAGUGAAACCGUCGGUGGACCACCGCUGGACAUGGAGAAUGGUGAAACGAUGCUCUCACCACUGGUCAUGUGUGGUCCCCAGGGCACGGAGUUUCUGCAACCGGUUACCCUCAACAUACCGCACUGUGCCGGUCGCACGGCCUCGCUCGGUCUCUCGUUGAAGGCGACCGACAGUGAGAAGAACCUACGAACCGACUGGGAGGACAUCGAUCUACCCAGCAAUACGGCCGCCCAUACCGUCUCGGUCAAGGUGGAUCACUUCUGAACCAGAUCCGCCCCGUCCGUCCAACGUUUCUCCAUUAGUGCCUUUUCGCCUUCCCCCUGCUCGCCUCCGCCCCUCCGUUCGCUUCACCGUUCUACACGUUUGCCAAAUUUGUUCACUCUGUUGUGGCCUCCAUCCGUAGUCCAUCUGGCGUCGCAAGAGAAGCAGCAAGAUAGAAGAUAAGCAACGAACAGACAGCGCAAGGACCGCAAGGAUCACGAAGGUUUAGAUGAACGGAAGUGCAGUAGCAUAUCGGUGUUGAAUGUUAUGGAGAGAGACGGAAAGAGGUUUGUGCAUAGGGAUUACUUGCUACCAGCCAUGCAAACGUGAACGUUAACGCACUCACCAGCAAGAAUUAAGUUAAGAUAUACAGUAUGGCUAGGUUAGAGACUGUAGGCUGUACAUACGGAUGAAGCAAGAAAGGCUGGAGUGGAGGGUGCUCAUUGCUUUGCUGCAACUCAGCAUACGAUGGGGAAUCUUUCUAGCUUAGGGUUAACUUAAGGUAAAUAUGUGGGUGGCUAGGGUCAUGCCAGCAAAGCAUCGGUGCAUCUACGGGAUAAUCUAAGUACUACAACCCGGCACUAAGAACCGUUCAUAGGUUAUGUUAGAAGACGUACGAUACUCCGGAUUUUAGCACGGUAAAAUCGAGUCGUAAGUUUAGAAAGAUUGCCAUCAUGCCGUUUAUUUGUUUUCAUACUUUCGCUAGCUGCACUAUUAGGAGUUUACACUCUGCACAACAUCAAACCGUGCGAUCGAUCAACCGACCAACCCAGCCGACCCUCCGACCGAUCGACGCAACAACACUAUUGCUGACUAUAUCGUAACACUGUAUCGUGUGCAUUUACUGUACCGCCGUGGCUUGGGUGAUCGCGUAGCUUUUACCCUACCCACGGCAUCUUAUCUCGCAUAAAACCAGAGCGAACAUAGAUUGUACUAUAUUUUUGUUUUAUGAAAUGAAUAAAAAUCAGAAUCAU